AUGGAUUCUGGUCACUGUGGCAUUAAAGGUAAUGAGCUGGCUCACACACUUGCUAAGAAGGGAACAACGAUUUUGCAAUGCAUGGACCGGCCGAUGUCUUUCCACACAAUGAAGGCCUUAAUCAGAAGAGAAUUCCAGACCACAAGGUGCAGCGAACUUAAAGCUCAAAAAACGUUGAAACAGUGGACAGUGGCACUCUCCGACAUAGCCGACUGGCCAAGAAUCGAAGCCGUUGCUGAGUUUAGACUACGUACCGGACACGAUUGCUUGGCAAAACACCUUCACAGAAUAGGAGUAGGCACUCAACCCGCAUGCCCUCUAUGUAACCUACAGGAGGAAAUGGAGAAGACCCACCUGAUUCGACGGCCACCCCUAAAGACAACGACGAAAAGCCAGAGAUACUGGGAAGCACGAAGACGCCUAAUGAACUGCUAUUAA